GCAAGCAGAUGGAAGUGAGCAAAGACUGCUUGGGGUGAAGCAGUUUAAAGAUGCCAGUAGCAGUAGCGAUGGAUGAAAACUACGAUAAAUUGUUGGAGCAAUGCGAAACGCAGGAAUUAGAGGCUCCAGGAGGCAUUGCAACUCCUCAAGUUUAUUCCCAGUUGCUGGCUCUUUAUUUGCUGCACAAUGACAUGAACAAUGCUAGAUAUCUCUGGAAAAGGAUCCCUCAAGCAAUCAAAACGGCGAACCCAGAGCUGGGAGCAGUGUGGGCAGUAGGCCAGCGCAUCUGGCAGCGAGACUUCCCUGGCAUUUACACCUCUAUCGCUGCCCAUCAGUGGUCCGAAAGCAUCCUGCCCAUUAUGGAAGCCUUAAGAGAGACCACCCGAAGGAGAGCGUAUGGACUGGUAGCACAAGCGUACACCUCUAUCAAUGCAGAGGACUUCGCAGCAUUUGUUGGGUAUUCAGUUGAAGAAGCUGUUAAAGGUAUGAUAGAGUGGUAAGUCUACGGUUGGCAAGCAGACACCAACCGGAUGGUGAUGCCUCAGAAGCCAGGUGAGGGCGCUGUUCUCCUCUCUCUCUCUCUCUCUCUCUCUCUCUCAGAUCCACCCCCUGUCUCCCUGGUUCCCAACGAGCAGCAGCUGGCCAGACUGACUGACUACGUGGCUUUUCUUGAAAACUGAUAAAAAUGUGCUCUUCCUAUCUCUUUAUCCCUGCCACUCCCCCUUUUCGCUUGUCUGCCUGGAGGAGGAUACAGACACGCACUCCUUUUACCCAGUCUCGGCCAAGACAGACAUCUGGGAUUCUGUCUUACAGAUGGACGCAAUUUGUCCCGAUCCAAAGAAAGACUCUCCCUGCGUCCCCCUUUUGUUCCUUCUGUGUACAGAUUCACUUGUUUAGGCGCAAAAAAUAAGUUUUAACCGUUUUGGGUUUCGUCUCCUCCCCCUACAGUGCUCCAGCUAACAUCGACGUACACACGUUACCGCACCGUUCAAAUAACCUCACGAUUGGAAUCCCAAUAGAACACGUGACUGGCAUUGUCCCUGUUUCCGAUUUUUUUUUGUUUCGAUCGCUCGGUUGGUUCAAAGUGAGUCUCACAGCACCCCCACACCACAGUGUGUAUUGUAUCCCUCCCUCUCGUCCUUUAUGAAGAAUGGUAUUGCCCGACUGACACAGCUGCAGGGAUGUCCUUUAUCCACAUUCACCAGGCAACAUGUGUUUUGUAUCUCUUUGACAGUGCACAUGGCUCCUGUUUGUGUGAACAUAAACCGUCUCCUCUCGUGUAUAUAUGGUUGCACGGCAAAAUGGGACCUCUGUCAGAAAUAUCUGUCUCAAGACAUCUGUAACUGAAAAAAAAAGGAAAAUGUUCUGCCUGUGUUGGAAUAAUAUAACAAAGUAUUUU